AUAAUGUAGCCGAUUAAUUUUCGGAAACUGAAGGUACUACUACUCCAUGCAAAGGCUACCAUGUUAAUAGCUACAGAUACCAUCAUGCUAUAUUUUACUUUACCUUAGCUCCGGUUAUUUAUACUAGUUAACAACCCUGCAGCAACCCAUUGUGAGAAUUACGUCGAAAAAGGGUAGUUCUCGUGAAUUUACGAAUUAAGUCAAAUUGGUUUUCUCUGUGUAUUUAUGUCUUCACACAGUCGGUUCUAUGGAAAUGAGGAAUAUGCUUCUCGCCCAGCGAUCUCCUUCCCCCCUCCCCUAGUUCGGAUUUCCUAUCUCAGCAUCAGUGUUCCAAUAUUACUUUCUCGGAGGUAACGCAUGGAGGAGUAGAGGCACAGAAUGGCGGACCGAGAAAAAAGAAAACACCCAUCACCCGGGUCCCCUUUCCUGGGAUUGCAGAUUGUCUCUCCUGCCAAUUUCAGGCUGACCCACGACAUAAGCCUCGAUGAGUUUGAGGACGAAGACCUCUCGGAGCUCACAGAGAUCACCGAUGAGUGUGGGGUGAGCCUCAACAGCAACGGUCUUGACAUCAAGGGCCAUGUGACACGGGGAGCCAAUAGUGGGCCAGGGAAGGCAGAGGGGAGUGUGGCUUCCAAGCUGCAGGCGGAGAUGCUCCAUUUGGACCUGAUCGAUGCUGUGGAUGACAUUCAGGACGAGGAAGCUGUGCUGCCUACCAUUGUGCCCUCUGUGAAGGAACCUGCUCCUGUAACCAUGGAUACCUACCGGCCCAAGAGACCCACCACACUUAACCUCUUCCCACAGGUGCCUCGGACUCAGGACACACUAAACAACAACUCAUUUGGUAAGAAGUACAGCUGGCAGGAGAAGGUCCGGCAUUCUUCCUCCCCUCUGAAAACAGCGGAACUGACACCUACACAUGAGCACAUCUGCCUGAGCGAGGAGGACUCGGCGCAGCACGGUGGCAGCACGCAGACCAAAGACAAAGGCACCUCAACGGACACCCCCAGCCGAAGGACCUCUUCCACACAGAGCAGCGGGGGCACGCGCUCCAAGCUGCAGGACAAGCCCCCGGCUGCGGCCAGCUCUCAGUCCCCCGCGCAGGCAUCGGGGGCGGCGCACCGCGAGCGAAUCCGCUACCACACGGACGUGCGCCUGGAGCCCACCGAGGAGAUCUACCUGACCCCCGUGCAGAGGAACUCGGACCCGCUGGAGCAGGACAGGCCUUUCCUCUCACAGGCAGGGGAAAAUAACCGCAUGUCCAUCAGCUCCGACGCAGAGGGGCCCCCACCCUACCAGCCCCUCCCUGACCGGACAAACCCUUCCAUCAGCGAGGAGGAUGAGGUGUACCCUCCCUCGUCCUCCUCCACAGCCGCCCUGGACCUAAGUGCGAGAGGGGCGGGGUGCGGGGCUGGGAGCAUGGCUGGGGGUGGGGCGGCGGCGGCUGCCUCCGAGCUGGGCGUCCCACGGACUUCCAUCAGCUCAGAGGCCAGUGGGCUCUCCUAUGACUCAGUCAAAUACACCCUGGUGGUGGACGAGCAUGCCCAGCUGGAGCUAGUCAGCCUGAGGCAGUGCUACCAAGGCUACAGCGACGACAGCGACUCGGCUACCAUCUAUGACAACUGUGUCUCCUCCCCCUACGAGUCGGCCAUUGGUGAGGAGUAUGAAGAGGAGGAGGAGGGUGGGGGCUUGAGACGGGAUGCCUCUUGUCUGUCACAGGACUCCACCCCCGAGGCUGAUCUUCCCAUGUCCCGCAAGUUCCUCAAUGUCUUCAUGAACGGCCACUCUCGCUCUUCAAGUGCAGAAUCCUUUGGUCUGUUCUCCUGUGUAAUCAAUGGGGAGGAGCGAGAUCAGAGUCAUCGAGCUGUGUACAGAUUUGUUCCUCGUCAUGAUGAUGAGUUGGAGCUUGACGUGGAUGACCCACUUCUGGUAGAGGUACAGGCAGAGGACUACUGGUACGAGGGAUACAACAUGCGCACCGGUGCCCAUGGAAUUUUCCCUGCCUACUAUGCCAUUGAGGUCACCAAGGAGCCCGAUCAAUACAAAGUGAAAAGCUCUGACUGGGAGGACACAUUCCGGGUGAAAUAUUUGGGCUCUGUUCAAGUGCCGUAUCACAAAGGGAAUGAUGUUCUCUGCGCAGCUAUGCAAAAGAUUGCAACUAAUAGAAGAAUGACAGUACAGUUCAACCCUCCCUCCUCCUGCAUACUAGAAAUCAAUAUGAAAGGCGUGAAACUUGUUGUUCAAGAUGAGUACAGCAGUUUUAGCAGAGGAAAUAAAUGCAGUCACUUCUUUCAGCUGAAGAACAUCUCCUUCUGUGGUUAUCAUCCAAAGAACAAUAAGUAUUUCGGUUUUAUUACAAAACAUCCAGCAGAUCAAAGGUUUGCUUGUCAUGUCUUUGUGUCAGAAGACUCGACCAAGCCUCUAGCAGAAUCUGUAGGGAGAGCAUUCCAGCUAUUCUAUAAGGAAUGUGUUGAGUACACAUGCCCAACAGAAGACAUCUACCUUGAAUAGCCUGUCCUGCCUUCCCUGUACAUUAAUGUAUAUCAUAAUAUGUUGCAUGGUGGUAAAAAUAAGGUAAAAAUCAUUACAACAAACAAAAAAUUAAGACAUUUGCUUUCUGGCCAAGUUAUUUCCUUUUUUAAAAAAGAUAAAUAUGCAAAGAUGUUUGAGUUCUGUGAACGAUCUUAUUCUAAACUCAAAGUGCAACAUUGUAGUGUUAAAACUCCCUCUUGUGAGUGGACGUAUGACAGAUAUAUAUAUACAUAUAUUUAUUUUUCCUGAUAGCUAGCAGUAGGAACAAUUAAACUAAAGUUCAAAGUGUUGCAAAUUUCAAGGAAAUUCUGAGGCCACAAAACAGAUGUUUGAUAUCAUGCCGCAGCUGUCCAUUUUUAUCAGCUCUUUUGUGGUGAACUGAUAAACAUGAAUUUAUCAGGAUGAACCAGAGGUUUCUUUGACAUCUGUAUUAGUACAGGCACAAAAGAUGUGGCAGAUAUUUUACUUUUGUGUUUUUGUAGUUUUUAUUUUUUGCCCAAAUAUACUCCAGUUCUAAAUGCAUUUUUUUCAUACUGGAAACCCAUCACUUGAGUUGGAGGUAUACAUAUGCAUAUUUGUUAAAAGCUAUCCUUGAAAAACUUGAUGAUGGAGUUUAUUUGGGUGAUGGGGAUUUUCUUAUGAAAUUAAAAACUGCAAGAAGAGUGAAAGAUCAACUGUUUUGCCUGUAAGUUCAGAUCAUCCUUAUGUCAAAAUGUUCAAAAUCACAAAGAAGCAAAGGAAAUUUUAAUUUUUUUGCAGAAAAAGUUAAAUGUAGAAAAUACAGAUUGUCAAGCUUUUCCAGGACACUUCAAUUUCUUCUGAUGCACUGUACAUGAACUUAAACCUUAGAGGUCACUCACUGUAUCCUGUUAUGAUCAGUUAUUGUGGGAUCAGAUUUUUAGGUAUUUGAAAAGUAUCAUGGUUCUUCACUUCUUGGUUCCACUUGAAGUUAUAAUGGCAAACCACAGCUUCUUCAACACUACAAUAUCCUGUUUCCCCAGUCGGUUGGUAGAUGGGACAACACAUUUCAUUCCCCUUGAAUGACAACCAUAUUUUAGUUCGAUUUAUUCAGGUGAGACUUUCAAACAAAAGCAUUUCCCUUCGCUACUCCCAGUAUAAAAAAUGCGACUUUUACACCAUUGAAACAAACCAGUAACCAGCCUGUCUGGAAAUUCAGUCACAAUCUAAUACUAUCUGACAGAUAUACAAUACUACACAUAUUAUCAUUUAGCCCAACAUUUCAACACACAUUAAAUAAAGUCCAAUGAUUAUCAUUUGAGGCUUUAGGUAAAUUUUGUUGUGAUGUUGAUGUUUAUGAGGUCAAAGACUCAUUAGGUGUUUCUCUGUUUCAUUAGGGGAGUCCCAAAUGAUCUCAUUUCUAACACAGAAAUCCAUGACUGGAAUGAAAUGUAGCUAAUGAAAUCCUCUGUCCAUAGCAGAGAUGCUGACUUUGUCUGGGAAGCAAAAAGUGAAUCAGACUUUCAGAUCUUCACUAGUAGUGCCUAUUUUUUAUCAUUAUCAUUCUGAUUAGUGUGAAUAUACAUAUUUAUAUAUUUUGUUUAUUAAGAGUUAUCAUGGGGCUGUGGGAACUGUUGAAAUGCUGUUGGUGAGUGAAGUAUCUCAAAGUGUGCCGAAAGUAAAACAGAGUUUAUGGCACAGAGAAAUGUCUUCAUUACAAAGCAGGAAAUGCACUGCAGUGCUGCUGGAUCAUGCCAAUGUGAUGUUCAAAUAUGAAAGGGAUACACAGCAUACAUGUGUGAAAUCUUUUAAAAGAACUAUACCCUUCCAUGAAUUCCAGUUGUCAGCAGACAAUUCUUCUCCUUAGUUUGGAAAAAAUAUUUUACUGUAUUUCGGUUUCUGACUUUUUGCUGUAGACACCUUUAGAUGGUAGACAAUUUAUGUGUUUGUCACAACAGAACAGGGAAUCUACCAAGUAAAAAGGAAAAGAGAAACAUAAAAGCAAGCCCACAGCAUUUAAACAAGAUGUGCAACUGUGCAUGUUAUUUAAAGUUGGCACCCACUGUUUUGUAAUGCAUACAAUAUAUGGUUCUUUAGGUAGACUAAAUCUGACACAUGCGCAAGAAUGUAUCUGGUCAUGGUGACUUCUAUUCAAUCAAACUGUAGCAAGUAUGGCCUGGUAUUGCUAGUGAAGUGGCUGCUAUUCCAGCUGACAGUAAGUCUACUCAAAGCUAUGCCAAAUGUUCCAGUACCACAGCAAGGGAAGUUUUGUGACUAAGUGUAACCUCCCGAUAUCAAAAUCAGUACAUCACAAACCUAUUGCCAACUGUCUUCCUGGCUCUGUAUUAGCCUAUCGUAAUGGACUUGGCUUACAGUUUUGUGUGACAGAAGGUCCAUUUAGAAUUCAAGAGCCCAGAUGUACAAAGAGGUGUCUUAAGAAUGUCAGCAUGCUGUUUAUCAAGAAAAUGACUUUAAUUUGUUACAUUAAUUUAGAUAUUAUUGUAUGUAAAAUAGAAAUUACUUUAACCUCACAAACCUUUAAUUUUAUUACU